GGGUGCCUGGGUGGGGUUAGGGUUAGGAGAGGAUGUGACUGCGAGGCCAGGAAGCUACGAGGAAAGCUCUGAAUAAACGCACAAACAAAAGCCAGGUCCUCACCGUCCUUGGCCAUGCGUCCCAGACAGCUGUGGUGCUUUGGACCGGGCUGGGGGCCCAGCUGAGCAGAGAGCUUGCUCCCAAGCACACGCCAAUGACCUCAGUGACCGACAUCCCCCCCAGGAGGAAAAAGCCGGAACCAGCAGCCUGCGACCCAUCCUGGCACCCUGACUGACUGGUCACAAGGACAGAGAGUGAGUCCUGCCCAGCCCUUGGGAUACCGGUUGGCUCGGCCAAGUUGCCCCGUGGAGCCUGGGGUGGCCCCCCGAGGAGGUCCCGGCCAGACCAUGGCAGGUGUCUGCGACAGGGCCCCUGACUUCCUCUCCCCGUCUGGAAACCAGGUCCUGUGGCCUGCCCUGGGCAGUGUGGUCACUCUGAACUGCACGGCCUGGGUGGUCUCUGGGCCCCACUGUCCCCUACCCUCAGUCCAGUGGCUGAAAGAUGGGCUGGUGCUGGGCAAUGAAAGCCACUACGACCUCCAUGAGGACUCCUGGAUCAAGUCCAACUUGUCAGAGGUGCUUGCGUCCAGUGUCCUGGGGAUCAACCUGACCAGUACUGACGACUAUGGGGCCUUCACCUGCUCCAUCCAGAACGCCAGCUCCUCCUCCUUCACUCUUCGUAGAGCUGGCUCAGCAGGCCACGUGGCCGCGGUGCUGGCCUCUCUCCUGGUCCUGCUGGCCCUGCUGCUGGCAGCGCUGCUGUACGUCAAGUGUCGGCUCAAUGUGCUGCUCUGGUACCAGGAUGCGUACGGCGAGGUGGAGAUGAACGACGGGAAGCUCUACGAUGCCUACGUCUCCUACAGCGACAGCCCCGAGGACAGGAAGUUCGUGAACUUCAUCCUGAAGCCGCAGCUGGAGCGGCGCCGGGGUUACAAGCUCUUCCUGGACGACCGCGACCUCCUGCCGCACGCCGAGCCCUCGGCCGACCUGCUGGUGAACCUGAGCCGCUGCCGCCGCCUGGUCGUAGUGCUGUCGGACGCCUUCCUGCGCCGCGCCUGGUGCAGCCACAGCUUCCGGGAGGGCCUGUGCCGGCUGCUGGAGCUCACGCGCCGACCCAUCUUCAUCACGUUCGAGGGCCCGCGGCGCGACCCCGCGCACCCCGCGCUGCGCCUGCUGCGCCAGCACCGCCACCUGGUGACCCUGCUGCUCUGGAGGCCCGGCUCCGUGACGCCUUCCUCCGACUUUUGGAAAGAGCUGCAGCUGGCGCUGCCACGAAAGGUGCAGUACCGAACGACGGAGGGAGAUCCCCAGACCCGGCUGCAGGAUGAUAAGGACCCCAUGUUGAUCGUGCGAGGCCGCGUCCCGGAGGGUCGGACCCUGGACCCGGACCUGGACCCCGACCCCGAGGGGGACCUGGGUGUCCGAGGGCCCAUCUUUGGGGAGCCAUCAGCUCCACCGCAGGCAAGUGGGGUCUCACUUGGAGAGGCCCGGGGCAGUGAGGUGGACAUCUCGGACCUCGGCUCCCGCAACUACAGCGCCCGCACGGACUUCUACUGCCUGGUGUCCGAGGAUGACGUGUAGUCCCUACCUGCUGGAGCCGCAGGAUCGCCAGAGACAGCUGGGGGCCGGGGUGGGUGGGUCUUUUCUCCACUCAGCAGGAUCAUGACCAGCCUGCCUGCAACUCUGGGACCCUCAGGGACAAGGGGUGUCCCCUGCCCCCCUCCUUGUGCCAGAAAUAAAGUCCUUUUGGGUCCUGCCUGGG